UUUAAAAUUGUUCAGUAAAGAGUGUUCUUUAUUAUUUAUUUCAAUUUAUUCUAUCCAUUUCAAUUAUCCAUUAUUUUUUUAACUGUUAUUUGGUUAAAGUAUUUUAAAGUUUGAGAGAAAUAUGGAUUUUGAUACAGUGAUGGCAUUGGAUUACGAGACCCAACAUUUGGGUUUCCAUCCACGAACAUUUUUAGAUAGAGUAUAUAAUUCAUUUUAUGAAAGCCUGUUUGAAGCUUUAAAUGAACUGAAAAAACACUUAUGUACUGAGUAUAGUCAUAUUGUCUCUGUUAAUUCCAUUCAUUCAAGUACAGAUGAAUUGUUCCAAGAACUAAUAAGGAUAUUAGAUAAGGCUAUUGAUAAACUUGAAAUUUAUAUUGAUAAGAACAUCUUCAUGAUACCAAGCCAUGUCAUAUUACCUGAAGAUGAAAUACAUCUUACAAAUCCCACUACAAAGGAAGAAAAUGAAGAACUAGACAAAGAAAUAGAGCAUUUAAAACAAAGAAUACUGAAGGAGAGAAUCCACAAAAACAUAUUGAAAACAAAAUUAAGUGAGCAGCGACAUGUUCAAGAAGAAUUAGUUAUCUUCAUAAACAAAUUGAGAGAUAUUAAAGCUAUUGUGAGUCAAGUGAAGGGAGCACAAGAUGAUCUCAAGUUUACCUUGGAAAAAUGUUGGGAAAUAUGGAAUGCUUUGAAACAGCCACCACAAAUAAAAUAAUUGAGUCAUAAUUUUAAAAAUACAUCUGGAUUGUGUAAGGGAAAAAAUAUCUAGAAACAUUGUAAUUGUAUUACCUAUUAAUGCAUAAUGUACUCUGUUCAGAAACUUAUAUUGUUUUGUUUGAUUUUUAAUAUCAACUUACAUUUGAUACAAUUUAAUUUUGAGUUACAGUAACUUAUCUAUAAUGGGAUUUCAUAUUUUUGUAUUUGCAUGUAGUUAAAACAAUGACCAGUGAAGAUAGAAUAGAUAUUUUAUAAUUUUUAUUGGUGUAAAUAAAGAAGAUGGCAGUUCAUAUGAUAAUAGUUCUGGUUUUUUAUAAAAUUCGUGAAUUUUCAAAGCUUGAUAUUUUUGUGUAUAUGUAUAUU